GUCAUCUUAAGAGAUAAAUAUUUAAUUUUAAUUUUGCGGCAUUACAUGAGUUGUUCCUCAAGCUGGUGACUAGCUUGAAUUGGACUCGUUGCCAAAGGAUGUGUUCAACAUCAAACCAAGGCAUGGCUCCAGAGAUUCAAGAAUAUUACAGAUAUCUGCUAGGUGAAGUAAAUGUGCCACCUGGCCCCAUUGUUCUACCAGAGGGAUUUUCUGCCACCAUUUUGGCCAGGAUCAUUCACCAGACGCUGGUGAAGAAGGCCUCGAUGAUGAAUGAUGUGCACCACGUACAGAUCCUGUACAGUGCCUGGGCCAUCCUGAAUGACGCCUACGUCCCCAUCGCCGCGUCCACUACCUCCACUCAGACCGACCCACCUCCGACCACACCCCGCCUGGAGAGCUGCACCCAGACUCCGGCGCGCGCCGCCGCCCGCGAGGGCUCCGCACAGACCGUGAGUCCGCCGCUGCGGGCCGCGGGCUGUCAGACCGCGCUGCCGGAGUGCCGGGACAACGUCUCGCAGACCGAGUGCCGGUCGGGGCCGGGCCUGGUCUCCGAGCAGGCGGUGCAGACGGACGGACCGGUGGGGGUCCCGGCGGAGGCCGUCAGCGCGGCCGUGCAGACCGAGACGCCCAGGAUGAGGACCAAGUGGACCCAGAUGAGGCGGCGGGUCACCACGGCGAGCGGCAGCCAGACCGAUCGACCGCCCACUCCGCCUCCUCCGCCGCCCCCUGGCUGUCCGGCCGAGACCCAGACACCCUCUCUGGACUCCCGGGCCUCGGAGACUCAGACCCCGGCUCUGCUCUCUCGGACGGCCGAGACCCAGACGCUGCUGGCUCAGGCGCUGCCGGGCCGCCGGGCGGCCGGUACGCAGACUGUGCCGCUGCGGCCGCCGUGGGCGCUGCGGCUGGUGCGUGGCGCGCUGCCGCCCCCGGCCGAGCGGCCGGCCGAGCCGCGCCGGUUCCACGGCCGGCGCCUGCUGCGGCGCGGCUACGAGGCGGCGCCGCCCGAGAUACCGCUGUCGGCGGUCCCGGGUGGAGGGGACGGCGACGGCGGCCCGCCCUCGCCGGCGCCGCCCGCCGACCCGCGACUCGAGCUCCCGCGCCAGCAGUGCGGCUCGGAGCCGGGCGGCCGCGUCGGUCGGCGGCGGACCCGCACAGAGUCCGACACGGGCAGCAUCUGCUCGCCGGUCGGACAGACCGGCCGACGCUCGCGCUCCGGAUCGUCGGGCGGCGAGGGCGACCCGCCGGGGCCCGCUCCGGCUCCGGCUCCGGUCCCGGCUCCAGCUCCGGUCAACAGGGACCCGCGGAUCCGCACUCCUUCGGCCGAGUCUGUGUCCGCGGCUCCCGGACUGAUGUCGCACCCGAGCCCGCCGAGACUGCCGUCACUGAACGCAGACGACCAGAAGGUGCCGCUGGUCUUCGACAGCAGCUUGACGGCCAUGCUGGACACCAGCUACAGCUUCCUGCCUGCGCCGCCGCCGGAGCUGCUGGGCGGCGGUGGCGCUCUCCUGCGGCCCAACACUAGCGCCGACCGGCGGCCGUCGGGCGAACUAUCCGGCUCAGAUAUGGAUUUGGACGAUUGACGGAUCCGUGAGUGUGUCCAUUCACGAACCAGCAGUGGAACUGAUUCCAGAGGCGAACGUUGCGUUACUUUUGUUAAUUCGUUGUUGUGUGUAGUCAUGUUUUGAAAGGCCGGAUAGGCCUGUUGUGAACUCGCCAUGAUCGACAAGACGUUCUGAUCACAAUGAAAUGUGAGGCGUUGAACACCGAUGGAAAUUCACUGCCUGCCGUCUAGCUGUAAUGCCAAGUUACGUUACGUGGCAAGUGGUUUGCUUUCCAUUUUGAACGGGUAGCUCGUACAAGGUUUUGUAGUUAAGGUUUUGUUAUUUAAUUCUACUCAAAUGUAAUCCGGCAUUUUGUAAUAAAUGAAUGACUUUAUAA